AUGUCUGUAGCUCCUACCCAAUCGGUCGCAUGCACACGGGCAGCUGUCGCCAUUCCGCAGUGGCCGACAGAUAUCUCCCACAAGGAGGAGAUGGAAGAAAACGAAGAUAUUCUCCAAGACCAAACUGAGGAAUUAAAUGAGCCUCGUCAGCUGGUUGCAAGGCUACGCGAUGAUCAGACUCAGCUUGGAGAGGACGUCGACAAAACACACAUAUCUCUUGGCUCUCUCCGUUCGAACAUCAAUGUCAUCACCAAGCCAUUGCAAAGUAGUAGGGAACCGUCAACGGUGAAGGCUGACCAUGCGGCAGUACAGUUACUGAAGACUGGAGUUCGGAAGACGUUCUUGAAGGCAAUAGGUGUCAUGAAGGCGACAAUGAUGAAGGAGUAUCAUCGACAAAAAGACGGAUCACAGAUAAAAGGCGAACGAGUCCGACCAGACAAACUAGACGAACGAAUGAGCUCACGGACGAAAUCCAAUCUUACAAGUAUGCAGUGUGACUUUGCCUUCACCUUGCAAUAUCAGAGCAACGAUGAGAGCGUGCAAUCGGACGAUGACCAUGGGGCCUGCAAAGUCAAGGAUAAGCGAAAGGCCCCAUCCAAGGAAGCUUGGGUGACUCUUCAUGACAAGCACCGUGCAUUGUUGGUGCAUGUCAAACUAAAUAAGGCCAUGGACAUACGAAUGACGUUGUACUUGAAAACAAGAAAGGGAACAGAAGAUCUGGUCGCCGUCAUCCUCGAAUCAUUGGCGAACCGAGGGAUGGAAACUUGCUGCCGGAUGUUAAUACAGGCUCGAAGAUACCGAUUGCUGUGA